UAAAAGGAAGUCCCCGAGCUCGAAGAGCCACAGAACCCGGACCACAGGCAGCCCUUCCACAGCCAGCUCUCCCGCUCCAGACACCCGCCGCUCCCGCCCUCCGAGCUGAGCACCAUGGCCCGCGCCGCUACCUCCGCCGUCCCCCGGGUCCCCCGGCUCCUCCCCGCCGCGCUGCUGCUGCUCCUCGUGCUCGCCGCCGGCCAGCGCGCAGCAGGUGAGACUCGGAGCCGGAGCCCGGAUCCUACCUGCAGCCAGGGGUCGGGUGGGCGCCCGGCGGGAGACACCCCCGCUAACCUCUUUUCUCCCCCAGGGGCUCCCGUGGUCUCUGAACUGCGCUGCCACUGCCUGCAGACCGUGCAGGGAAUUCACUUCAAGAACAUCGAAAGCGUGAAGGUGACGGCCCCGGGAGCCCACUGCGCCCAAACCGAAGUCAUAGCCACUCUCAAGAAUGGGCAGGAAGCUUGUCUCAACCCCGAAGCCCCCAUGGUUAAGAAAAUCGUCCAAAAGAUGCUAAACCGGUGAGUUAAGGUUUUUAUUUACAAUCUGUGCCCGGAGUCAUUGGUCACAAACACUGGCAUCUGCCUCCCAAAAAAAUCAUGUUAGCGAAAUCUUGGGGUUAGCUGAAGGAUUCAAGUCGUGGUUCACAAUAAGUUUGUGAAACAUGAAGAUCAUUAAUCUGUCUUGGUGGCAAAUCUCCUUUCAAAUCAGAGUAGGCAAAUGUGUGUUCAUAAAGUAGUAAGUGAAAGUGCCUCCUUCCUAUUAAAAAAACAAACUGCUAACCUCUGGUCCUCUUUGGUUUCAAAACCAUGUGGAACCCUUGUUUUGGGCAACCUGGGUGGUGAGGAGAAGGGAUUUUGCAGUUAGACUCACCUGUGCUCAAGGAUGGGGGGGCGGGGGCACCUCCUGUUAGACCUAAAACAGAAUUCUGACAAGUAUUUAAUGUCUUUGCAUCUCAAUAAAAUGGGAAAAAUAGUAGCUGCUACUUCAUGGGUUUACUAUGAGGCUUAAAUGAGGACACGCAUGUCCAUUUUUAGCCCAGUGUGACAUACCAGAGUAAUCAAUAUGUUUUGGCUGUUUGGAGGCAAUAAUGCAGUUGUCACCACUGGUGCCCCAUUGUUAAUUAAACAGCACCCAGGGCAGCAGUGGUUACAGGCAGUAAUUAGGGCACAAGGCUGGGGAAGCAACCUCAUCCGGAAAAUCCUAGGAUGUCAGGGAUCUAAGGCAGGAGAAGAGGGCUAUGCGGUCGAUUUUUUUAGUCUCUACUAAUGACAACCAUUUUUUCUGCAUAGGGGCAGCAGCAGUUGAGAGGAGGAUCAUCAGUGACUUUUCCUGCAGAAGGUUCCACCUUUAGAGGAGCCAAAGAGAAAGAAGAGAAACAGGUGGCUCCCGGGGACAGCUGGAGUGCUUAAUGUGUUUGACUAUUUACUAUGAGAAUUCGAUUCUAUUUAUUUGUCUGUAUUUAUUUUAUUUAUUUUUAAAAGCUUGUAUUUUAAUGUCUUACCUGAUAUUUAAAGAUGUGAAUGUGAUUGAUAAUUCACGGUACUGUUAUUUUUGAGGUUCAUUUUUAUGUUAAACCAAAGUUAGUUCAGUCCUGACUUAACGUAUUUUGAAGAUGAUGGGUUUUAAAUGUUCUCCAUUCAUCAAACUGAUGUUUUUUGGAGAGUCUAGCAUCAUGCUAGCCAGUGUGUUCCAGGCUGGAGGUAAAUAGAGGGGGUCAUCCAAGAAAUAUAGUCAGCUCACCGUUAGGAUAGCAGAAUGUAUGUGCACAUCUAUUUUUGUAACUGUAUGGAAGAAUGUCAAUUAUUUAUUGAAACAAUUUCACAGUAUGUGUUCAAUAUUUCUGAUGUUGAAGCUUUAAAGGCUACAAUGUUCUAAAUAACCCUUGGACAUUUUAUGUCUUCCUUGUAAGGCACAAUGCCUUGUUUAUCAUUAAUUAUGCAAUGUUUCUCUAUGUCUUGAUAUAGAAAAGUUUAAGUAUUUCUUGAUGCAUUGUUACAAAUAACAUGAAAAUAAAGCUUUUACAAAAAUUU